AAUGCUAGCAGUAACACUCUUAUCUACCCAAUAAAACUUUGAGUGUGCAAUGGCAUCAGCUUCUUCAAGUUCUUCGUGUCAGGCGGAGGGGGAAGAUGUCGUAUGUAAAAAUGACAUCUUUACCUUCCACCCAUUUGCGCGCCUACCGCCCGAGCUGCGUCAUAAGAUCUGGCUGGAAUAUCUUACAAGCUCGGGUGCGGCGCCUCAGAUAUUUAGAUUCAAGCUCCGCUGGCCUCCUCGGGCAGCUUAUCGAUUAAAGCGCACCGAUCUGCGUGCUGGAGACCAAAUAUUUCUCCAGCCAUCUCCCUUCGGAAGAGAGCCGAAUCAGAGUCUGCAAGCUCUCAGGCUCCCCAUAGCUGCUCGACAGAUUGCUUCUGCGACUUGCAUGGAAUCUAGACAGGCUGUUAUCGACCUAUAUCCCGAUACUCUUAAAUUCCGCUACCUGCCAGUCGGCUGGAUGUCAGACAAUUCUAUGAAAGGCGUGUACUUGGGAAGUCCAGACGGAGCAGGCUGUCCAGAGCACAUUUUGCGCUUCAAUGGCGCGAAGGACAUCGUUAUCUUGGACGCAGCAUGGGAAGAUCAGGAAGCUGCUAUCGAGAUCGCUGAGUCCAGAGGCUCCCCUCCAGACGAAUUUCUCAAAAUGUGCCAUGUUGGCAUCAGAGUCAAUGAUUUCAAAUUCAGACAUAAUUGGCUUCCUUCAUCUGCGGAUCGCUCGGUCAUACGCCUGCUCGAGCUUCGACUCAUCAAUGACGGCAAUCGAGUUGAUAGCCCUGAGAUGAUUGAAGGGAGUGUAGCCACGUACAAUUUACGGGACAAUCCGAAUUACAACGCUCUGUCCUAUGCCUGGGGUCCGCAAGACUUGUCAGCUCACAUAACACUCCAAGAUGAAGUGUUUCUCGUGUCGCAGAAUCUCUUUGCAGCCUUACGGCAGAUAUACGAUCAAAGAACGACAGGCUCUCCGCUGAAAUUGUGGGUUGACGCAAUUUGCAUAAACCAGUCCGACAACGUAGAGAAGUCACACCAGGUGUUGUUGAUGAGAGACAUUUACUCCCAAGCGAAUAUAGUGCUCGCUUGGAUCGGGGCACCCGAUCACCUCAGCGCUCUUGCGUUUGAUACACUGGAAAAAUUCGCGGCUGAUGAUGGCACCACUGAAGGAAGUGCGACGUACCGGCAACUACCGGAUGCAGCAAAGAAACGAACAGCUAUAAAAAAUUUCGUUGAGCGAGGCUAUUUCGUCCGCAUGUGGAUUGUCCAAGAAGUCGUCGCUGCCAAAAAAGUUACCAUUUUCUGCGGAGCUCUAUCGCUGGACUAUGAUAAAAUGCGCCUUGCAUUUCAGCGGAUGACCGGUUCUGGGUUCUAUCCCUUCUCAGCAGAUACUGCAAAUCUGAGCUUCAUCGGAUGGUGGAGGACUUCUUUUCAUGAAACAAACGCUCCAGACAGAGGAGAACUUCUUGACUUGCGACUUUUCGUGGACUCUCGUGACAGGAUAGCCGCCGAUCCUCGAGACAAGAUCUACUCACUCCAAGGAAUUACCAACAAAGCACUAGGGUCACGUAUCAAAAUUGAUUACAACGACUCAAUUGAGACUGUCUACAUACAGUUUGCCAAAACGGUCCUGAGUAUUCGUUCUGACUUUCAAAUUCUCUCGGCCGUCAUUCUUCGACAUCAACAAAUCUCAAAUAUCAAGCUGCCAUCAUAUGUCCCGGAUUGGUCACUUCCUAACGACCCACAAUACCUACAAUACUCCCCUUACAUGAACAAGAACAUGUACGGGACCAAUAAAAUAGAGUUCCCACUAGACGAAAAUAUACCAGAGCCUGGUAUCAAGAGCAAAAAGAUAGCAUUGAGCUCUUUCUUCACCAAAGUCAAAGAUACAUCUAUGGCUGCCGGCAAGUCAGCCAAAUGGGUGUUGUUUGACAAGAAGAAGCUCGAAACAACGGUAGUGGCAUUCCAGAAGGAGACGCAGAAGUUGAGGGGCCUCUUGCCACUGGCGCAAUCUUCGCAAUUCUCCAAGAUAUUGGACAACAAGUUUGCUGCACUUACCGCAACAAUUCGCGACCAAAAUGCAGACCGACUUGGCUUAGUACCUCAUGCGAAGCUCAUCGAGCUGAAUGAAGCAGACCAGGAUAGCUACACUGACGAAAAUGAACGAAAAGACUACGUUGUCAGGACCAACUCGCAAGAAUCUGAAUUGCACAUAGGCAUGGUCGAAUACAAACGACAAGGAAGUAAGAAUAACGACAGCGAAGCAGUCCUCAUUGAAUUGAAACACUAUCCGCCCCUGGAGGAUGACGAGGAUGAUGGGCCUGACGUGGAGACUGAAGCCAAUGUCCGUCGCUUGGCUGGACUGCUUCAGAUAUCCUCUUCUGGGGCUCGAGAACUUCGAACUCUUCCGUUCAAGUAUUAUAUCCAUCAAGCCAAAGAAAAACGUUAUGCCUUCAUCUUCGGCUACCCCUUGCAUGCUGAGCACUCUCAACCGGUUUCGCUCUACGAACUCAUCAAGAAUUCAUCAGCCAACAAACGUUUCCCUCUGGCAACACGAUUCCGCAUCGCUCAUAUGAUCGCACAAAGCAUCGGAGUAUUCCACGCUGACGGCUGGGUACACAAGAGCGUCUGCAGUCAGUCCAUCGUCUUCUUCAACCAGAGAAACAAGGAAGGUCUGAUGCUAGAAUCACCAUACCUCGUUGACUUCGGCUAUUCUUGCCCAGAGCAAGGCCGAACAUAUGCUCGCUACCAUCAAUCAACCGAUAUCAACUCGCUGUAUCUGCAUCCUGAUCGACCAAAGAUGGCGUUCACGAAACUGCACGAUAUCUAUGCUCUCGGAGUCGUGCUUCUCGAGAUCGCGACUUGGACAGUGGCCCAGGAUCAUUUUGCUUCAGCGGCAAAGGGGCUUGAUCUCAGUAAGAUCAGUAUCAACAAGGAAGAGGUGAGAGAGAGAUUCUUGGCCGUGGCUGGGAAGAAUAUUCCGUAUCAGAUGGGAACGAGUUAUAUGGAAGCCGUGGUUGCGUGUCUCGAUGACACUUAUCGAGGCCAGACAGCAAGUGUCGAGUUUGUUGAAACAUUCCAGACUGAAGUGAUUGAAAAUCUGGGUGCGAAUCAAUUGCUGUAGUCGGGAUAUACUUUAGACUUUCCAGGGUUGCUCCUGCUAAUUUAGGCUGGUUUAUAUAUCACCUGACCAAUUGGUGUCACCAAUUGGUGUCCACGGGUGUGUCAAGUUCAACAUCCG